AUGGCUCAACGAGUUACCUAUCGUCGUCGUCUCUCUUACAACACCAAGUCUAACAAGACCCGUGUCAUCAAGACUCCUGGUGGCAAGCUUGCCGUUCUUCACAUCAAAAAGAAGGCCAGUUUCCCCAAAUGCGGUGACUGUGGUACUGUCCUUCCUGGUCUUCCCGCUCUUCGCCCCACUCACUAUGCUCGUCUCUCGCUUCCCCAGAAGCACGUUACCCGCGCAUACGGUGGCAGUCGUUGUGCAAACUGUGUUCGCGAAAGGGUUGUUCGUGCUUUCCUCGUUGAGGAGCAAAAGAUUGUCAAGAAGGUGAUCAAGAACCAGGAAGCUGAUGCAAAGAAGGCCAACAAGAAAUAAAUUUUUGAUGGAUUGAGA